AUGCCCUCCCCAUUACUAAACAUUUUAAUCUUUCUAAAUUUAUUAUUUCUUCCACAUUAUUUUGCACAAUUUAGCUCUUCAUUUCGUGAAUUUCUAAAAGUUUAUGGUGGUAACGAUCUUGAGAAGCUACUUACAAGAGAGGAUCUUGGAGUAAAAGGAAGUUAUGGAGGAGGAAAUCAUAAGGCUGGAGAGAAAACUAAAAGACGACCAGUAAUUUUUGUACACGGUAUGGCAGAAAGUGCAGGCUCAACAAAAACGUUUGAAAAAUUUUUCAAGGAUAAUGGUUAUGACAGUGCAGAGACGUUUGCUACUACAUAUGGGGAUGCAGGAAAAACUAAUCUUAUUUUUGUUGAGAUUGAAUGUGAAUUUGUUAAAAUGAUUCGUCAUAUGAUUUUAACUGUAUCUAAUUAUACUUCUAAUAAGGUUAAUAUUGAUGGAUUCUCUUUGGGAGUUGUUAUUUCAAGAAAAGCAAUAUUGGGAGGAAAAUGUGUUGAUACAGGCGAAGAUCUUGGCCCACCAGUAACUCAUUUAGUACACACAUUUGUUGGAGUUGCAGGACCGAAUUGGGGAUCAUUUCUGUGCAUUUUACCCAUCGGAGCCUGUAAUUUAUUGAAUGGAAUUAAUUGCUCGUCGACAUUCUUGAAGGACAUUAAUUCAAAAAAAAGAUAUAAGGGAAGCUUUAUCUUUACAAUAUUUUCAACUGGCGAUGAUAUUGUUGGGUAUGAAGUUUGUGGAAAAGUAUCAAGUAGUAUUGAAGGUGCAGAUGAUAAUUUUGAGUUUCAAAAUAUGACUCAUUCUGAAGUAAUUUUAAAUACGAUUAAAUUGCAAUAUGACCUGAUAACCUUUCAAAAAGCUGAUGAUGAUGACCUUUCAUGGGUGGAAUAA